AUGUUGGAUGAAGAUCCUGACUUUGCAUCAAAUAUAGCCUUCUCGGAUGAAGCAACAUUGCAACUAGAUGAUGGCAAAAGUUUUACGGACAACAUCUCCCAAUUGAUGACAGUGCAUGCAUCAUUAUGAGACACAGUGAUACUCGUAAACACUGCUUAUGGUGUUGUUACGCUUAUGAUUACAAUCACCUGCCUGAUACAUUUAAUCAUUACACCGUACUUUUUAAUAAUGGAAGCUGAUGGUAGACGUGAACCAUUGUUCCUUGCGGUACAAGGAUUAUGGUGCAUCUUUCAUAUCUGGAGAUUAUUCAUGAUCGUACAGCCUACGUACGCUGCUACAACACAGGUCGGUUCAUAA